AUGAAUCAAAACAUAUUCAAAAAUAUAGAUACGGAAAGAUUUUCUGGUAUGAUGUAGCAUUAGCAGAAGAAUAAUGUAAAUUGGGAUCGAAUGCCUACUUUCAAGUAAAACAAUAAAGUUCAAGAAUUUAUGUUUAAUAACUAAUUUCACUAGAUUGGAGAUUAGGUUCAAUUAAGCAAUCUUUUAAGAUUUCAGCCUUCUUAAUAAAAUACUCAACAAAAUACUCUUCCAAAAUUAAAAAAUAAUUUAUAUAAAGACAAUUAAAGUACUAUUCAGUUUCCAGAUUAAUUCUAACCUCAGAUGUAAAUGUUGACUCCUUAAAUGAGAAUGAAUUAUAAAUACAUACAGAAAAUACCAAGAUGUGAUGACGAUGAACAAUUGAUCCAAAAACAAAGUGCAAAAUUAUAAAACAAAAACAAAUAUGAUUUAUAAUCAUCUAUUGCUUUUGAAAUCAAUUCCCUUAGAACUAGUUGCAAAGUAUCAAAUUAUAAAUCAGAGUAUAUUCCUGCAAUGAUAAGUAUUAAAACAAAAGAAAAUUAAACAGAAAUGACUGAAAGAACUAUUGGAAUUGAUUUGAUCUGCUUAAUAGACAAAAGUAUGAGCAUGAGCGGAGACAAUAUAAAUAUGGUUAAAAAAAGCUUAUUACUACUACUUGAUUUUUUAGGCGAACAAGACCGACUACAAAUCAUUACUUUUAAUGAACAUGCAUAAAGACUAACUCCAUUAAAGUGUUUAACAGAGAAAAAUAAACAAUAUUUUCAAGCAGUUAUUUCAUAAAUCAGUGCAGAAGGAUUGACCAAAAUUUCAAGUGCUACUUAUAUAGCAUUUAAAUAAUUAAAGGAAAAGGUCUAUAGAAACAAUGUGACCUCUGUUUUUUUGCUAUCCGAUGGACAUGAUGGAGACGCCCUGUUUGAGAUAUCUGAUUAAAUUAGACAUGUUAAGGAAGUUUUUACAAUCUCAACAUUUGGGUUUGGUGAUGAUCAUGAUGCAUAAAUGAUGACAUCUAUAAGUAAUUUAAAGAAUGGAAAUUUUUAUUAUGUUAAGGAUAUCACAUUAUUAGAUGAAUUUUUUGCCCAUGCUUUAGGAGGAAUAGUUUCUGUGAUAGCAGAAUAAAUUUAAAUAAGUCUUUCUUUAACAUUAACAAAACCUCUGUAAGAUGUAUAGAUUUCAAAAACAUAUGGGAAUAUGUGGAAAAAGAGAGAACAUGCCUAUGAAAUAAAUAUACCUCAAUUAGCAUCAGGUACAAGAAAGGAUUUUGUAUUUGAAAUUUAGAUACCUUAUAUUUAUUCUAAAAUUUAAGAUCAAGAAAGAGUUGUAAAGGUACUUGAAGCCCGUUUAAAAUUGAAAGAUCCUUUAAGUGGAGAGAUUAUUCAAAAAUCUGCUGCCCUGAACUUAACUCUAUUUAAUGAGAAUGAGAAUGUAGGAGUUAUUGAGGAAAACAUAGACGUGUAUUCUCAAUAUAUGAGAGUAAAAGGAACAUAAGCAAUUGAUGAUGCAAAGAGAGCUUGUGAAUAAAAUAAUUUUGAAGAUGCCUAAAGAUUACUCGAUGAUAUGACGAUACAAAUAUCGAAAAAAAACAAUAAAGUUGUCUUAGAAUGUGCUGGAAUCAUAUAGGAUUUAAAUUAAGCAAAGGAAGCUACUAAAAGCAUAUCAUACAAUUCUUAUGGUUCCAAGUAGUUGUGUUAAAUAGUUGUUAAUAAUAAUACAUAAGGAGGUAUGAAUUCCGUAUUUUCGCUUGAUGGAUAACAGUAAUAAUAAUUGAAUCCUUCUUAAUAUUCAAAUUUAACUUAAUAAACAAUGCUAAAGAUGGUAUAAACUAAGAAAGCCAAAUAUUGA